AGAACUUCACCAAACUACUUUGGGGUGAGAGAUUAUAUUACAGGGGAGAGGCCUCGAUGCACUGGACGCUAUUGAUUGCAGAUAGUUGCGAUGAUUGUCAGUAGAUCUACACAUGUUUCUCUCAAAAGGACAAGUGUACCAGUAGAAAUUGCUUCGAAAAUGAGAUAGCGUUAGUAUGGCACACACAACUCAACCAGUCGGGCAGCAGGACCAGAGGUCACAAAGAACAAUGAAUGCCUCUGACAUGCUAGAAAAACAAUACGAAGAUGACCUUCAGAAGGCUAUAGCUCUAAGUGUUGAGACAGAGAAGCUAGAUGAGUUGCAAAGAGCAAAGAGGAUGCAGGGGCUGAAACGAGGAAGUAGCAGCAGAAGUGGGAUCGAUAGUAGCAGGAGCGGGAUCAGUGAUGGAGGAGGCAACAGUAGAAGCUCAGCUAGAACGAAUGAAUCAGACUGCGGCUUAAGUCGGAUCAGGAAACAGCAUGGACUUGACGUUGUAUCAACAGCAUCAUCAGGAUUCAAGUACGAAGAUAUAUCCACUAGAACAGAUGAAUCAGAUUGCGGCUUAAGUCGAAUCAGGAAACAGCAUGGACUUGACGGUGGUGUAUCAGCAUCACCAGGAAACAAGUCUGGAGACAUAUCCAAUGUUAACAUGUCUGAGAAUGCAGACUUGAUGCUCUUCUCUUUCGACCAUGUAAUGAAGAAUUUUGACACAAAAGUCGACGUGCCUAAGUCACAGACACUAAGCACUAGGAGUACUGGACAUUCAACAACUUUUGGGGGCUCACUAUCGAUGCAAUCUCCUCAUACCAUAGCACACCACCAGACAAGUGCACAGUUUGGGACUCGAUCAAGUAUGAGAGGGCAAAGCUUCCAAUGUCAGUCUUCGUUCCCAAACUCCAGUUCAUCGUUUAAGGUGCCCCGUCCAACCUCAACACACAUGGGAAGCACAAAGUGGAAUGAUCCCUUUCUAAACCAGAAACUAGCUGGCUCUGGAUCAUUACAAACUACGACCUCUAAGACACCACCUUCUGUCUCAAGUUUCCAAACCACUGAUAGAAGGACGUGUGAUUUCAACAUUUUACCGUGUGCAGUGCCUUCUCCCAAGUCCCCUAAAUGGCAAGUCCAGUCGGGUUACCGCGAUGACACCUUGAUUGGUGCUGCAUCAAGCUGCUCUCAUCACUCUCAGAGUACAGGCUCAAAAAGGCUCUCCGGCCCUCUGAUGACAAAAGAGCUUUCUCUCGAUUCGUUUUCCGAUUUAGCAAAUUUCGGAGGACACGCUCAGAUUCCUAGAUCGAUAAGUCCAACACCAUCCACCAGUAUGCUCAAAUCAAGGCUCUCCAAUGUCAACUUAUCCGAAACCAAUUCCAUCAGACGGAUUAGCAGCAAUCCGAACUUCACAAGUUCCACCAACUCGGCUCAACAACAAACUGCAAGUCAGACUCAGAUAAAAACCCAAACUCAAAGACAGGCGACUGAGAGUAGCAACAUGGGGUUCAGUUCCUCCUUCAGCGUCAGCACGAGCUCGCAUUCCACUUCCACUCAACAAAAUCCGUCAGCACCAGGAAAGACACCGAGCCUCGUGGACGAAAUCUGGAUGCAAACAUUCGGAACGGAUUCGUCCGAAUCCACUAAAAAGUCUGGAAGUGAUCUGAUGAUGUUUAGUCCCAAGACUGGACAGAAAUCCCCGGACGUCUUUGAUUUCAGUGAGUUUGAUCCUCUCAGGGUCGUUCCUCCAGAGCUCCCGCCGAAACGUAAGCACGAAGAGAACAGGGAGAGCGCUGUCGCCACGGAAACAUCCAAAGAUGCUGAGGACGGGGUUUCAGAAGAUUCCAAGGCAAAGUCCGAGGCAUCAAAGGAGGACGGACAGGUUGACACGGAAGCAAAGCCAGCGACCUCACAAGCUCUCAGUUCCGAGACCAAGCCAGACGUGACGAGGAGACCUAAGAGCGUUCACUCAGCAGGACGUCCCUUAUCUGGUGCUGACAUCGCUAAACCUGAGCCUUGGAUACCAGGAUCAACGUACACACUAUCUGCUGGAAAGAAAGCAGAGGCUGCCAGAGUAUUCUUUGGGGAUGGACUUUUUGAUCUGGCUGCUGAGAAAGAUGAAGAAGCAACUGCUUUUGCUAUGACCGUGGCAAGGAUUCGAGAUGCUUACAAAUAUGAUGAUGAGGAAACCAACCCUGGAUGUAUCCGUAGUCCUGUAUUCAUCAACAGUUGCCAUGCCAACUUGGACACCAGUGUCAAGGUGGUGCUCCUUCAGUCUGGUACCAAGACACCAAUAGUCUUCACAUGCGAUGUCAAUAUCUGUGUUCAGCAUGUCAUCAGCCAAGCUCUAUGCUAUGUGGAUGCCUCUGAUAUCUCAAGUAAAAAGUUUGUACUGAAAGUGCCAGGCCUGUCAGAGUACCUCCAGAAUAACGUUCAGCUGAGUAGCUAUGAGUAUGUCCAGGAGUGUCUGAAACUCGAUAAAGACGUGACGCUAGUUCUCCUUCACAGAGCUGAGAUGAACACCAGCCUGAAAAGAAUGGCUGAGGAUGAUGACAGUGAUAUCUCACAGAUCAACUUCUCGAGUCUCUUUGAGAGACCAGUAACAACGGCUGUCUCUAAGAAGGGGCUGGAUGUCUUAUUGCACGCUUUCACAGUUGAAGGUGAUAAACUUAAAGCAGCAGUUAAGUCUGGUGCCCAGCCCAAGACAGGACCAUUAAUACAGACGGUCAAAGCGAUCUGCUUCACCCUGGCCUCGAUUGAACCGAACGAGAUCACAACGGCGAUCAGGGAAUUUCAAACCGCUUCAACCGACCACGAGGCAGUCUUUGAAAAGCUGACCACUGCGGUGUUACGCUUGGUCGACUUGUACUGCGCUUCGUUUGACACGGACUUCCGGACUGGUACCGAUGACACGGGGGACCCGCCUCAGGAUAUUACAGUGAAGGGACAUAACCUCAGAGUUUGCGUGGCAUCUGCGCAUCGGUUGCCAAAUAAUAUCAAAAAUGCCCAUGAGUUUUACUCUGUCUCAGCUCAGUUGUACUACGGUGGUAAUUCUCUACACUUCUCUGUCGAUACUUGGCCAUCUCGCAUCAACAGUGGCUUCUUUGAUAAACUUGCAUGGAACCAGGAGCUGGAACUUCCAGUACCAGUUAGUCAACUUCCUCGAGAGGCAAGGCUGAUUUUAACUCUGUAUGGACACGAUUCAUCCAGCACAGAGACUCGUAAUGCAGACAAGACCACUCUGGGAUGGGUGGCCAUUCCAUUGUUCAACUUCAGAGGGGAGUUUCAGAGAGGUAGUCAUUUGCUUGGACUUUGGGCCGAUUCUUCUGUUAAUCCCAUCGGGACUUGCUCAUCGAACCUUCUUAGUCAGACGAGUAUCAUCCUUCAGGUUAACUUUGAAGAUACCAGAGUACGCUCUGUAUUCCCCGAGAUCCAUCCACUUGAAGACAAAGUGUUUAUAUUUGACAACUUGGAGCCAUUCAAUCGCUGUAGAGUCCAGGAAAUACUGGAGACCGAUGUUCUUUCAUCUUUGAGUUCGGAUGAUGCGAUGUUCCUGUGGAGUAAACGCCACUACCUCCACGACUUCCCGUCAGCACUUCCACGGAUCUUAGAAGUGGCUCCUACCUGGGACUGGGCCUGCUUGGCCGAUAUCUACUCAUUACUCAGACACUGGAAGCCACCUAAACCAGUCCAGACUCUCCAAUUACUCCACCCAAGGUUUGCAGAUAGAGAAGUUAGAUGUACGGCCGUCAAGUGGAUGCAGAGUAUCUCAGAUGAUGAACUGUGCGACUACUUGCCACAACUUGUACAGGCCUUGAAAUAUGAAAGCUACCACGAUUCAGCGCUGGCAAGGUUCCUAAUAGAUCGGUCUACUCAGAGCAUAAGAGUAGCACAUUACCUGUACUGGUAUCUUAAAGACAGUCUUCGUGAGCAGCAGUACAAGCAACGUAUUGAGAUGAUUCUGGGAGCUCUUCUAAGCAUCUGCUCUAAGGGGCUGAGACAUCAGUUCCGUCUCCAGGAGGCGUUGAUCGAGAACUUGAACAACAUUGCUGAGCAGGUCAAAGCUGCAAAGGAUACCAAUAGAAUGUCUUUGCUUCAUGCCAGCUUAGAGACUGUGGUAGCAGCGUUGGAAAGCAAUGUACUCAUGCCAACCAACCCGUCACUGGAGAUAAGAGGCUUAAACCUUCCGAAUUGUGGCUACUACAAUUCAUUCACUGUACCUCUCAAGUUAGUUCUUUACAAUGCAGAUCCGUUAGCCGAGGAGGUGACCAUUAUGUACAAGGCUGGAGAUGAUUUACGUCAGGAUAUGCUAACCAUGCAGAUGAUUCGAAUCAUGGAUAAGUUAUGGCUGUCUGAAGGACUAGACCUCAGGAUGAUCACGUUUAGGUGUAUCGGUACUGGACACAAUAGAGGCCUGGUGGAACUGGUCGGUGAGUCGCAAACGAUGCGUAAGAUUCAGGUUGAACACGGUCUGACAGGUUCAUUCAAGGAUAAACCAUUGUCAGUUUGGCUCCAGAAACAUAACCCCACGGAGUUGGACUAUCGAAAGGCUGUUGAGAACUUCACGUACUCCUGCGCUGGGUACUGUGUGGCUACCUACGUCCUCGGAAUCGGUGACAGGCACAAUGACAACAUCAUGGUGGCAAGGACGGGUCACAUGUUCCACAUCGACUUCGGGAAGUUCCUUGGGAACGCGCAGAUGUUUGGAAAUAUUAAAAGGGAUCGAACCCCCUUCGUCUUGACUCCUGAGAUGGCCUACGUGAUCAACGGUGGAGAGAAACAAAGCAGUCGCUUUCAAAUGUUUGUGGAUCUUUGCUCGGAGGCGUUCAAUCUUGUCAGGAACCACGCUGAUACCUUCUUCAAUCUUUUUGGCUUGAUGCUUAAUGCAGGGAUUGGCCAGCUGUCUAAACCAGAGGACCUUAGCCAUGUCCAGAAUGCACUCAGACCACAAGCCAGUAAUACAGAAGCUACUACAUGGAUAACCAGGUUAAUUGAGGCAAGCCUUGGAUCCAAAGCAACCCAGAUCAAUUUCUUCAUCCAUAAUUUGGCUCAUCAUAGUUUCUCUGCUGCCAACAGCCAAGAACUUUCCUUUGCUCCCAAGAGAUACACGAUGGCGACCGAUGGGAAGAUUGCCAGUGCCUCCUUAUAUGGCAUACAGAAGAGAUAUGAAAACGAGAAAUACUACGUAUACAUUGUGAGUAUUCUCCGUGAGAACUCCACCGUCCCGUCCUUCAUCUUCCGACGGUACAGCGAGUUCAGUGAGCUCAACCAGAAACUAGCCAUCCUCUUCCCAAAGGCGAGGAUGCUUAACCUGAGGUCCGGACCCCUGGUAGGGCGGACCCACGUCAAGCAGGUCGCUGAGAAGAGGAAGAACGAGCUGGACGUGUUCUUGAGGCAGCUGUUAGCAAUGCCGGCGGAGAUAUCUCUGUGUGAUUUAGUCUACACUUUCUUCCAUCCGUCUCUUCGAGAUGAAAAAGAUGCCCAUCUUGCCCACAAAAGCGUCAAACUCAAAAAUGAUGACUCCAAGACGGCUACUGAGCCAACCUUUGCCCGCGGCGAGAUCUCCGGAAAGGUCAAGCUGGCCAUACACUACAAGAGCCACGCCCUAUUAAUUAUGGUCAGGCACGCCGUUGACCUCUUGGCUCUGGACAAGGGUCAACCCGACCCAUACAUCAAGAUUUACCUACUCCCAGAUCCGCACAAACAGACUAAGAGGAAGACUCGGAUUCAGAAGAAGACCUCCAACCCAACUUACAAUGAAAUGCUUGUGUAUAAUCUUCCAUGGUCCGAGGUCUUGAAUCGAACCAUCCGGUUAACAGCCUGGGACUCUGACUACCUCAAGGAGAACAACUUUCUUGGAGGGAUUGACAUACCGGUCUCAAGCCUGGACCUUAGCGUUGAGACUGUGGGCUGGUACAAACUUGGAAACCUAACAUAGACGACGAACAGUGACUGCUAAAGUGAUUGAAGUAAGCAUAGUUUGACCAUAGAGAAAGGACCACAGAAGGAGGCAGAAUGAAAAAACAAAACAUAGACCGUCGAAAAUUGCAUUUACUGCCAGCUGAUCUUCCAUAGGAUGUUUGCCUUUGUAUAUAAUGAUCGUCGCGCUGGAUGGGUAACCGACAGCCUGGUUGAAAACAUUUUCGCUGCUGUCAAACCAUGGGUAUAUCAAAGAUUGAAUGUUCAUAUCAUAAAACGAUUGCCUAAGGAUUCCUUUACUCAGAAAGGAACAUGUUGCCUUGGAUCAGACGAAUUGGUCUAUGAAAAGUGUUUGAAACCGUUUGUUAAG